UUACUGAACACCCGUAAUCAAUAGGUCGGAGUAAAACCUUAUUGAAAUUCAUUUAAUAAUUGGAAUUUAUUAAAAAUGAAUAUAACAAACCGUAUAUUUACGACCAGUUGGAGGAAAGGAAACAGUUUUAUCAGAAUCGUCACAUUUUCAACAAAACCUCAGGCAAAUGAAUUACCACCUCUCAUUCAAAARCAAAGUCAACCAAACUCCGCAGGGUCUAUUGAAGGGCGCAAAUCAGUUAUUCCACAAAAUUAUCGUUUUAUCUAUCCGGAAUUUUUACCGGAUCCCAAAGUCGAAUGGCGUAAUCCAGUUCGUGAGAAACUUGAACGCAUGGACAUGCUAGACCGUCGCACUAAAAUUGAUAUUCCGGAAUUCUAUGUCGGUUCGAUAUUAGCUGUAACAAGCUCCGAUCCACAUGCAGCUGGAAAAAUCAGUCGUUUCGUUGGUGUUUGUAUUCAUCGUGACCGUUGUGGCCUUCGGGCUCGUUUCAUAUUACGCAAUGUUAUUGAUCAUCAAGGUAUUGAAGUACGUUACGAGCUGUACGAUCCAACUAUACAUAAAAUUGAAGUACUUCGUCUGGAAAAACGUUUGGAUGACCAUCUGCUAUAUUUACGGGACGCACUGCCAGAAUAUAGCACUGUUGAUAUAAAUAUGGAACCGGAGAAUUUAGAUGAUAGUGCUGAAGUGCCAAUAAAUGAUAUUAAAGUAGUAUUGCGUCCACGACCAUGGUUGGAGCGGUGGGAGCGACAGAACCUACAGGGAGUAGCUAAUGUAGAUCAGUACAUAACUGACAAGCAACGCCGACAGGCAAUGGCACAUGAAAAACCAUGGGAGAAAUACGAUAUGAUGAAACAGUAUCGCUCUUCGAUCCCCGAGGAAGAACAAAAAGAAAUAUUUGCAGAAGUGCAUUCCCAAUUGCACAGUCUGGAAUUACAACGAAAACGUAACAAGCGUAAACGUUCUUUUGUUAAACUCACCAAAUUGGCGUAGAUCUAAUAAAAAUUAUUGUUACUUGUUUUUUUUUUUUUCUUUCAUAACAAUGAUAACAUGUACUUUAUGUGAAUAAUUUAAAACACACAUACGAAAGUUAGAAUACAGUUCUGUAAAUAAAAACGGAUUCAGUUUAUAUUCUGAGAAAUAUCAA